AGAGAUCAGAGGAAGCAAUUAAGGAGAAAGAGAAGAAAGGCACGAUGGAUGUUCAAAGAAACUCCCCAACUGCAUCUCCAAAGAAAAAACCUGCCACCCUUCAGCACCUCUUCGAAAUAGAUUCAAAGAAUAAACCUAUAAGUACGCUUGCCAAGCAUCUAUCCAGUGCUGAAAACGAAGAAAUUCUUUCUAGUAUCUCUUUCUGUACCGACAUCUUCACCUUCACCGAUCCUCGUGAAUCUCCUUCACGGCGAGAUCUUAAGCGGGUAAAGCUCUCUGAGCUCCUAUCCACCAUAAAGUCGAAGAAACCACUGAAUAAACAAAUUUUAGCGCCUCUCAUGUCCAUGCUAUCGACCAACCUUUUCCGGCCACUCCCUCCACCUUCCAACCUCUUCAAUAUCACACCUGAUUUACCUGAUGAUGAAGACCAGGUUUCUUCUUUUUCACCAUCAUGGUCUCAUCUCCAAGUUGUUUAUGAUAUUCUCCUACGACUAGUCAUCAGCACAGAUCCUGAGAUACUUCGAGAGCAUGUAGACCAUCAUUUCCUUCUCAAUCUCCUCUCUCUUUUCCAAUCUGAAGACCCGAGGGAACGCGAGAACUUGAAGAACAUAUACCACCGGAUAUAUUUGAGAUUCACUUUCUAUCGUUCAUUCAUGCGGAAAUCAAUGAACAAUGUGUUCUUGCACUAUAUAUUUGAGACUGAGAGGCACUGUGGCGUCGGGGAGCUGCUUGAGAUAUGGGGAACUAUCAUCAAUGGCUUUACGGUUCCACUCAAAGAAGAGCACAAGUUGUUCUUAAUGAGAGUGCUAAUUCCUUUGCACAAGACCAAGGGAAUGCAGUCUUUCCAUAGGCAGCUGGCUUACUGUGUUUCUCAGUUUGUACAGAAGGAGCCUGUGCUUGGAGGGGUUGUUGUUAGAGGAAUUUUGAGGUAUUGGCCUGUCACCAAUUAUCAGAAGGAAGUUAUGCUAAUAGGGGAAUUGGAGGAACUGGUGGACAAUUUAGAUCCUGAUCAGUAUAGGAAGUUGGCACUGCCUAUGUGCACACAGAUUACAAUAUGUUUGAACAGUUGGAACUCACUGGUUGCUGAGCGGGCACUUUAUGUAUGGAACAAUGAGCAGUUUGUGAUGAUGGCAUCACUGGUAGUAGAAGAGGUAUUUCCUAUAAUUGUUGAGGGCGUAGAGAAAAACCUCAAAUGGCAUUGGAGCAAAAGCGUCCGACAAUUGACAGAAAAUGUGAAGGCAAUGCUGGAAGAAAUGGAUCCUAUUUUUUACUCCGAAUGCCUCGAAGAAAUCGACCUCAGAGAAUCCAGAGCUCAUCAAGAAAAGAUCAAGAGGAAGGAAAGAUGGGAGAUAAUAGAAAUGGCAGCAGCCCGGAAUCAGUUCCUCCAACCACAACAUUGCAUAUGUCCCCCAUUGGAGAAACACGUGUAGAAACCUGUGCUGGCAAUCGACUCAAAAACCAUUGAACAUUAUCC